AACAAUUUUUUUAGAUCCACAUUCCAAUAAUUUCUCGAAUCGAAUUACAUCGAACGUGUCACUCCCACCAGCCAGCCACCAGCGUGCCCAGUGCACGAGGAUGAAGCGUUUUGCGAGCGCAGGGGCUUGUACCAUCACAUAGGCGGAUCUCGCGUUGCGUUAUUAAACGCGCCCACCUGCACUGUAUAGAAUACAUAUUCAACGGCGUCUUUCUGGUGGACCAGUAAACGAUGGACCUGCACAUCUUGGACCACAAACUGAGGGUCACUUGUAUCAGCAAAUCUGGUCUGGAACAUUACACCCAUCCCCUGAUCAAACUGAUAUUUUUAAGAAACAGGACGAGAUGCAAAUAUUUCAGCCUCACAGAAACUCCAGAAAAUUACACCGUUGUCCUCGACGAGGAGGGAUUUAAAGAGCUACAGCCGUCUGAGCACUUACAGGUUGAGGGCUCUACUUGGCUCCCGCUCAAUGUCGUCUCCAAUGGCAACGCCUCCAGCAGCUCACAGGCCGUGGGUGUCACCAAGAUCGCAAAGUCCGUCAUCGCUCCAUUGGCUGAGCAGCAUGUGUCAGUCUUCAUGCUUUCAACCUAUCAAACUGACUUUAUUCUGGUGCGAGAGAAAGACCUGUCGGUGGUGGUGGACACUCUAGUGGAGGAGUUUAAUAUUUUCAGAGAAGAAGGGGGAGAGUCAGUGCCUGUCCACAGUCAGGAUGCCUGCAACGGCCUUCAGCGAAACGGAAGAGAGGUUUCACAUGCAACAGUUCAUCCGGUGCUGAUUCCAGAGAAUCAGUUUUGCGUAAUGAGUUUGGAUCCGGAUACUCUGCCAGCGAUCGCCACCACCCUCAUAGAUGUUCUGUUUUACUCAAACAGUCCCAAGGAGGGCGCCAGUGUUGAUCAGGACAUGGAAUGUAUCAAGUUCUUCUCCUUCUCUUUGAUUGAUGGAUACGUCUCCUUGGUGAUGGACACAGAAGCACAGAGACGAUUCCCAGCUGAUCUUCUCUUCACCAGCUCCUCUGGUGAGCUCUGGAGGAUGGUGAGAAUAGGAGGGCAGCCUCUUGGCUUCGACGAAUGUGGGAUAGUUGCUCAGAUCUCUCAGCCUCUUGCAGACAGUGAUAUAUCAGCAUAUUACAUUAGCACCUUCAGCUUUGAUCAUGCUCUGGUCCCAGAAGAAGAUAUUGCGAGCGUGACCGAAAUGCUUCACGCUCAGAGGAAGGACAUGUCCAGUUGAGGCUGCGGUUGGUUACAUCUUAAGCUUGAAGACGGUAGAAAAAGACCUUCACGGUGGAUGAUAGAUCUUGUUUGAGCCACUAACACACAGUAUUACUCCACAUGACUGUUUUGCCAUAACCAGAGGUGCUUCGGUCACAGCAUUUAAGAGCGUGGGCUUCAAAAAAAGGCCUAAACUUUUUGCUUUUGCAGAACAGCGGUGCUGAUUAUAUCCAAUUACUGAGAAUCAAAGUAUUUACAUGACCGAUUUGAAAGAACAUCGAUGCAGCAUUUUAAUGCUGGACUAUAUGAAGCACUUUUUUUUUUCUUAACUGAAUUAUAAGAUUAGAGGACGCUAUUGCUUUUGGAUGUUUAGUUCUUCUAUGCAGGGGUAAUGAUUAUUUGUAACCAGAAACCCCGUUUGGGUUUACCUGCUGCCAUUAUGUUCUGCAAAAAUCGUUAUUACUUUGAGUAUUGCACAUAAAAGUCUUCCAGUGUAGUCAGACCUCAAGUAACCAUGUUUGAGGUGAAGCAAAAGGAAUUUUAUUGGUGUAGCAAUUUUGGUGUAAUUUAAACAUUGCACUUAGUAAAGCAGUUACUGAUGGUGAUUAUACUGAUCACUUUUGAAUGAGUGUUUCUAACAUAUCUUGCAAAUACUGAAGUCAAACUCUUAUGAUGGGUUCUUUUGUUUAAAAUCAUAGGCAGUUGUUUUCAUCUAGCAUAAUGGGGUGAAUCUCUCUAAACUCCUCAAGAUCAUGUCCAUGUCAUAUUUCAUGCUAAAUUCAAAAGAAAUAUAUAUUUAUUAUUAUUAUUUUGCUUAGAGGAAAUGAAAUCCAUAUUUAUAACCAUCAACAUUAUUUGCACCAACAUUAUUUUUAUAACAAAUAAGUGCAUGCCUCCCCUCAAUUCUUAUAGGUAUAAUACAAUAUUUUGUAUAAUAUUAAGUAUAUUAUUUUUUAAAUAUGAUUUUUUCACAGUAAAGUAUUUAUACUCCAUGUUGUACUUCCUUUACUGCUGAUUAAAAAUGAAAGUAUUUCAGAUUUUGAGAUUUUUCAUAUAUAUAUAUAUAUAUAUAUAUAUAUAUAUAUAUAUAUAUAUAUAUGAUUAUAAUUUAUUUUAUAAUUUAAUAAUCUUGUUAUUUUAUUUAUGUUUUUGAGUGAAUUUAAUGACCUGGAUUUGUUUGUGUGUGGAAUUCACCCAUUCUUGAGAAAUCCAGAUACGCGACUUUUGAGUCAGGCAUCAUGAAAGGGCGCAAAUAAAAAUUUCUUCAUGUUAAGUUUA